AUGUUAGCUGGUAAUUUAGAACCCGAUGAUGAAGUCGAAAUUCCUCACUUGAAUAUUUCCUAUCAACCACAACAGAUUAGUCCGAAAUUUACUGGUACAGUUCAAAAUUUAUCCGGUGGGGAAUUACAACUUGUUGCAUUAUGUUUAUAUUUGGGGAAACCAGCUGAUGUUUAUUUAAUUGAUGAACUAGCAGCUUAUCUUGAUUCCGAACAACGUUUACAUGCUGCACGAGUUAUUAAACGAUUUAUUCUUCAUUGUAAGAAAGUAGGCUUUGUUGUUGAACAUAAUUUUAUCAUGGCAACAUAUUUGGCUGAUCGUGUUAUUGUCUUUGAUGGAAAAUCGUCGGUUAAAACUCAUGCAUUUGAUUCGAAAUUUACUGAUACAGUUCGUGAUUUACUUCAUUCAAAAAUUCGUGAAGCAAUGUUUCAUCCACAAUUUCAAACGGAUGUUUCACGACCACUUCAAAUCGAUAAUAUUAUUGAGCAAGAGGUUCAAAAUUUAUUCACUGAUGUUUAUUUAAUUGAUGAACCAUCAACUUAUCUUGAUCCCGAACAACGUUUACAUGCUGCACGAGUUAUUAAACGAUUUAUUCUUCAUUGUAAGAAAGUAGGCUUUGUUGUUGAACAUGAUUUUAUCAUGGCAACAUAUUUGGCUGAUCGUGUUAUUGUCUUUGAUGGAAAACCGUCGGUUAAAACUCAUGCAUCUGAACCACAAGCACUUGUACCUGAUCCAGAAAAUGUUCGACCACGUAUUAAUAAAAGAGAAUCUGUUAAAGAUAUGAAUCAAAAAGCAGCUGGUAAUUAUUUUUUUCUUGAAUGA